AUGAAGCGAUCUACCCUCCUCAUUGGAAUCCUGGCAUCUACAUCCUACAGUGACGCCUUUCAGAACGCUCACUCUACCAGAGCUGCAAACAGCUUUGAUGCUGCCCUUGGCAAACGGUCACGAGAGGAUUCUCGCUUAUUCGUUCUGUCGUCACCUCCUCAGUCUGAAACCACAAAUCAUCAUGACGAAGGAGACAGUGAUAUCAAACCACCACUAGAUCCCCUCUUUCAAAUGGACGAUGUAAAAGACAACGACCUUUAUCAUGUGGAAGACACGGCAGACGACGACCAGAAAGAACCAACACAGUUUGCCGAGUUGGUCAUGGAGGAGGACGGCGAAGAAGAAGAGCCAGAAGAUGAUUUCAGCUUUUACUAUCGUGACGAGGAUGAUAUGUUGACGGAACGAGAAGACCGUCUUUACGUUGAUGAAAAUGGUUUCCGACGCAAGGUGGAACGAUGCUUCUUGGUGGGUGUGGAAGCUCUUGCGGAACAACGCAGAGCCAAAUGGGCCGAUCAAUAUUACGAUCCACUGAAUGGAGCUGCGGGAGCUCCUACCUUUUCGCUAGAAGAGAGUCUGAUCGAAAUGAGGGAUCUCAUCAAAACCGCUGGUAUGGAAGUCACUGGAGAAAUUACGCAACGAUUGCAAGAUGUGAAUCCUAGAACCUACAUUGGGACAGGAAAAGUCAAGGAAGCCCAAGAAAUGAUGGAGGAAUUGGGAUGCACGACAAUCGUCUUUGAUGCCGAAUUGUCCCCAGGACAACAAAAGUCACUGGAAAAUAUCUUCAACCGAAAUCUGUUGAAUAAUGACUUUUUGGUACAGGAACGAGAGAUUAAGGUGAUUGACCGAACGGCGCUCAUCUUGGACAUUUUCGCACAACACGCUAGAACCCGAGAGGGUAAGCUGCAGGUCGAUCUUGCGCUCCACGAAUACCGUAAGCCACGAUUGACCAAAAUGUGGACGCACUUGGAGCGUCAAUCUGGAGCAGGAGGUGUCGGUCUCCGAGGUCCAGGAGAAUCUCAGUUGGAAAUUGAUAAACGUUUGGUACGAGAUCGUAUCAUUGUUCUCAAGAAAAAGAUUGAUGACAUUCAAAAGCAGCGAUCAAUUCAUCGACGCGGACGCAAACGCACCGGACUGCCCAUUUUAUCCAUUGUCGGUUACACAAAUGCUGGAAAGUCAUCACUUCUGAAUUACUUGACUCGUGCUGGCGUCAUGGCGGAAUCCAUGCUUUUUGCGACGCUUGACCCCACCACUCGCAAGGUGAAAUUACCAGGGUACCGAACUCACCCUGAAGUUUUGCUGACGGAUACAGUCGGGUUCAUUCAAAAGCUACCAACCAACUUGGUCGCAGCCUUUCGAGCCACUUUGGAGGAAGUUCAAGAAGCUGAUGUGUUGGUUCAUGUCAUUGACGUUUCCAAUCCCUCCUGGGAAAAGCAAGAGCGUGCCGUCAAUGCCGUUCUAGCAGACAUUGGAAUUGAGGACAAACCAAUCGUUCGCGUUUUGAACAAGAUUGAUUUGUUGGAUCCAGAGGAUGCAGAGUAUCUCCGAUACGAAGCUGCCUUUUCUGAUAAUACAGUUGCCGUUUCGGCAUUGUAUGGAGAUGGUCUACAAGACUUUGUGGCCUGUGUUGAGGACGCCAUGUCCGACUUGUUAGUCCCAAUUGAAAUGGAGAUUCCGUACGAUAAGGGAGACGACUUAAACAUGAUUCACGAACAAGGAAACGUAGAGACAAUCGACUAUCGAGAAAAAGGAACUUAUGUGCUUGCGCGAGUCCCUACCGCUCUUGCCAAUCGAUUGGAGAAGUACAGUCUGGCGGGAUCUGAAGAACCAGUGACGAAAGAAGGUGAGGAGGAAAUCGACUGGGUUGCGAUUGGCAGAGGGAGGCACAGUGUUGAGAACAAAUAA